GCUUCACAAAGUACUAAUAUCUUACCCGAGUCUAGCGCCAAAUCCUUAAUUCCCAAAUUAGCUCUAAGCCCCGACCCUAAACUCCCAAAUUAGUCUGACAGCCCCUCUCUCAAACCCCCUAAGCCCCAACCCUCUUAAUUCCCAAAUUAGUCUCACACACUGUCCCUCUCAAACCCUACCACCACUCCGCCGGCGCCGAUCACCUCCUACCGCUGCAGCAGCCCUUGUGUUGCCAACGCCUCCCAUAAUUUCCAGUUGUCGGCCUUGUAGAUACAGAAUUUUGUUUUGGUUUAUUUUAGGAUUCGUGGUUUUGCUACUGUCCUGCAUAACCUUAUUGCCAAAUUGAUGCGGCAAAAGCGAAGCAUCUCAUAGAUCAAAUAUCAUCAAGGUGAAAACGUGGUAUCUGAAGAAACACCAACAACUAAGAUCUGCAUAUUUGCUCUGCAUGAGGAGCCCUACUUAUGAAGUUAAACAGCGCAGGCUCUGUUUCCUCUCUUGGCUUCCGCUUCGUAUUUUGAGAAUAAUUGUAUACAUUUAAAGUAAGUUUUGUUAACCGGAACGGGAGAGCUGGUUGUGUAUCCACGCAGACGAAAUCGGAUCGGAGUGUGAUAGCAGAGGACAAGUGCAACAUGUCGAGUGAAGCGGUGAAGCGGAUUUUAAAGGAGUAUAAUGGAAUUCGAACCAAUCCCUCUGACGAUUUCGUGUGCCGCAUGCUCGAGCAUGACCCAUUUGAAUGGUUUUAUGCAUUCAGAGGCUGUAGGGGAACUGAAUUCGAGCGUGGGAUUUAUCAUGGGCAUCUCCGUUUUUCGAAGUAUUACCCAUCGGAGCCUCCUUCAAUCAAGCUUUUGACAGAAAAUGGUCGCUUCAAAAUCAAAACCGAGAUCGGAUUGAACUGGCAGCCAGAAUGGGGGGUGCGAGAAGCUAUACUUGAACUUAGUCGUUCUAUGGACACCUAUCCAGAUGGUAAAUUGGGUUCAGUAAAAUACGAUAAGGAAAAAAGGCUUACCCUGGCCAUGAAAGCUUUUCAAGAAGCCCCAGAAUAUGGCACUGCUGAACAUCAAAAGUUAAUUGAUGAGAAUCAUAAAGAUAUGCUAAGCAAGGCACACCCUCUUCGUGUUCCUCCUCAACUGAGCCGUGUGCAUGAGCAUUCCCAAAAUGAUGGAGCCAACAGAAAUCACGGCACAGGCGGCGGCUCUGUUGGCAACAACAACGUUAUUGGUAAUAUAUUUCUUGCUGCCAAUGCCAACGGGGUAGGAGUUUCGGGUUCUAUGAAUGACUGCUCCGGCGAAGGCCCCAACCCCAAGAAACAAAGACGUUCUUGGUUUUGGUGAAGAAA